AUGUCGGAAACUCAAAAGAACGGCAGCGCCAACGAAAACGGCCAGGGCACCACAAAGGCUGUUCCCUGGACUGAACUUGAUCGAGCCAUCGUCCUGAACAACAUCCUCGGCCAGCUCCACGCCAGCAGCGGCAAGAGCCUGGACUGGACGGCCAUCUCCGAGGCCCUUCCCAGCCGCACCACGGCCUCGAUGCGCGCCGUCUGGGACCGCUACAGAAACGAUAUGAAGACCGCCGCCGCCGCGAAGGCGAGUUUGUCGCUGUGCCCAACAAACAGAAGACUCGUACGUACUUAUCAAGUUUCCACAAACUCCAGACCAUACCAGCGGAGAAAAGGGACCGCGUCGGUAUUUGACAAGGCCGAACAGCUCGCAAGAAAAAGCACCCCCCAAGACCGCAGUCGCCGUGGCUUUCGGAGGACGGCUGACGCCGAGGACGUUCCCGAGACGCCUGCCAAGAAGCGCGGCGGCGGAGCCAAGAAGCGCGCUUCCGGCGCGGACGGUGAGGAGGGCUCAGCCACCAAGAAGAAGCGCACUCCCAAGAAGACUCCCGCCAAGAAGACGCCUGCCAAGGUGGAGGAGGAGGAGGAAGCCUCGGAGGAGACCGAACCUCCCACCCGCACUGCCGCUGAUGUCGAAGACGCCAAGAAUAGUGACGAGGACAUGAAGGACACGGCCGAGGCCGAGGUCUAG